AUGGUUUUGGCUAAAUCCAAGCACGCCGUGGGGCUGGGUGCCAGUCUCAUGAACGAUCGGUUCGGAAAGGGCAAAGCAUCCGCUCAGAAGAAGGUCUCUCACAACAAUGCCAUCCAGCGUACAGGUGUCAAUGGUGAAACCUAUGUCACCAACGAGGCAAAGGAGGCCUCAUGGGUCAAGAUGCGCAGUAUCACUGAACAGGGCGCACUCGACGAAUUCCUGAGUACCGCCGAACUGGCCGGAACCGACUUUACCGCUGAAAAAAUCAACAACGUCAAGAUCAUCCACUCCGACCAGAAGAACCCCUUCCUUCUCACCCCUACCGAGGAGCGGAAGGCUUACUUGAAGCAACAGAGGAACAAGGACCGCCUGACUGUUCCCCGACGACCCAAGUGGGACCAGUCCACAACUCGGAAUGAGCUUGAAACGAUGGAGAAACAAAGUCUGUUGGACUGGCGACGUGGACUCGCCGAGCUGAGCGAGAACAACGAUCUUUUGAUGACCCCUUUCGAGCGCAACUUGGAGGUCUGGCGCCAAUUGUGGCGUGUCAUUGAGCGAUCCGAUCUUGUUGUGCAGAUUGUCGAUGCGCGAAACCCGCUGCAGUUCCGUUCGGAGGAUCUCGAGAACUACGUCAAGGAGAUUGAUCCCCGCAAGAAGAACUUGUUGUUGGUCAACAAGGCAGAUAUGUUGAGCUUGAAGCAGAGAGAAGCUUGGGCUCAGUACUUUGAACAGAACAAGAUCAACUUCCGUUUCUUCUCUGCUCACCUCGCCAAGGAGAAGAACGAGGCUCUCGCUUUGCAGGCGGAGCAAGAAGCUGAUUCCGACUCCGACUCCGACUCUGAACUUGCCAAGUCUGCAGAAAAGAUCAACGUGAAUGUGCAACCCGGCGAAGAUGAUGGAUACAAGAAGGAGGAUACAGUUGAAGAAGAAAUGGCUAAGCUUGCCGACCCCGAGCGCUCGCUUGGACCACACAUCCUGGACACUGAAGAACUGGAAGAACUCUUCCUGGCCAAUUCCCCGGAAACACUACCACACGAUUCUGAGGCUGGCGAGCAGCCCAAGCGCAAGACCACAAUCGGUCUCGUUGGUUACCCCAACGUUGGUAAGUCCAGUACCAUCAACGCCCUUCUCGGUGCGAAGAAGGUCUCCGUCUCUGCCACACCCGGUAAGACCAAGCACUUCCAGACUCUGUACCUUUCACCCGAGAUCAUGCUGUGCGAUUGUCCCGGUCUCGUGUUCCCCAACUUCGCCACAACCAAGGCCGAGCUCGUUGUCAACGGUGUCUUGCCCAUCGACCAGCAGCGUGAGUUCACCGGUCCCGCCGGUAUUGUCGCCAAGCGUAUCCCCAAGCAUUUCAUUGAGCAAGUGUACGGUGUGAAACUCAGAAUGCGCCCCACCGAAGAGGGCGGCACUGGCAUCCCCACUGCCAGCGAAGUUCUGCGUGCCUACGCCCGCGCCCGUGGUUUCUCCACCCAAGGUCUGGGCCAGCCCGACGAGUCUCGCGCUGCCCGAUACGUCCUGAAGGACUACGUCAACGGCAAGCUCCUCUGGGUCAACCCUCCCCCAGUUGCCGAGGACGAAACUCCCACCGAUACCGUCGAGUUCAACGCCGAGCUUUACGACCUCGCUCAUCUUCCUGAGAGACGCCGCGCCCAGCUCACAGAAGCCAGACUCGGCAAGUCCUCCGCACCAGCCAUCGGUGACAUCGACCCCGCCGACCCCAGCUCAUCAAAGGUCGCCGCCAUGCCCGAGCUAGGCCGCACCUCCCGUAAUCUCGACACCGGCUUCUUCGGCUCAGAAACCGGCCCCUCCGCCGGUCGUCUGACCCUCCCCUUCCAGGCCCGCUACACCAAACAAGGCCAGGAGAUGCGCAAAGCACCCACAGGCCGCAAGGAGCGCAUGAUGGUUGCUCUCGAGCGCGGCGUGGACGUCUCCGAGGUCAAAGCUGGAAACUCCAAGAAGCACUUCAAGGGCAAUAAGCGUCAAGCCAAGAGCAAGCGCAACAACCCCGAGGACGACGACUACUGA